AUGUUAAAUGUGCUUGACAUUGUUCGACACGUUUUUUGGAAUGAUCAAUUAUUUGAUCGAGAUUUGUUGCCUCCAGAAGCUGAUUUAGAGAAAUGCCAAACCACAUUGGCCGAUUUGGCGACAAUGACUGGCGCAGAGCGCAUUGCCGUAUUUCGGGAAUGUGGUAUCCACAAUUCUCUUCAUCCGGUCUUUCUUCGGGCUUUGCAACGUUUGACUGCGAUUCAUGGAUCGGGUAAAAUCGCCGACAACUACAUGCUUCAUCAUCAUUUGAGUGCACACAAUUGGAGUCCUUCUUUAUCUAGUGCACAUCUUCUUGGCUAUUCUUUUGUAAACAGUGAGGCAUUUAGCACUGAGAAAGUUGAUGGACCCAUUCCCCGUCCUAAAGGAAAGAUGGUUUUAGAUAGUGGGGGUGCUAUUUCAAAGACCAAAUACAAUGGAUUGUUGAAUCAAGGAGCAACAUGCUAUUUGAAUUCUCUUUUACAAGCAUUAUUUCAUAUCUCAGAGUUUCGAUGGACCAUUUAUCAAAUGCCAACUGGAGAGGAGGCGGAAGAAAAAAAUGAUACAGGUGUCAAAAGAACGAAAUCUAUUCCAUAUGCUCUUCAGAGAUUAUUUUGUCUUCUUCAAAGAGGAAACGAGGCGGUUGACACUACAGAGCUUACCGAAUCCUUUGGAUGGAGUUCAACCGAUAGCUUCAUUCAACAUGAUGUUCACGAGAUGACAUGUAAGUUAUUGGACAAUUUAGAAAAUAAAUUGAAUCAUGUUCAACAGUCUGAAAAAGGAGAUCACUCAUCUCAUACAAAGAAUAAUGCCAUCAGUCAAUUAUUUGUUGGAGUUUUGGAAAACUUUGUUUGCGUGGAUGAAGUGGGUUAUCACGGGUCGAGAGAGGAAUUAUUCUAUGACCUCCAGUUAGUUGUCAAAAACACAACUGAUAUUUACACAAGUUUUGAGCGAUUUUUUCAGGUUGAGGUACUUGACGGAAAAAACAAAUACUGCUUGGAGAAUAACGGGAAAAAAUCAUAUCAUCGAGCAGAAAAAGGUGUGCGUUUAAAACUUACACCACCUAUUUUGCUUCUGCAUUUGGCACGGUUCGACUACGAUAUAGAACGAGGGGAAACCAAGGUUUUGAGUCGUUGGGAUUACUACAACAAUUUGGAUUUAUCGAAGUAUAUGCCCCAUGCUUCCAAAGAGGAUACAGAUUAUACACUUUGUAGCGUUUUAGUUCAUUCUGGAUCUGAUGCUGGAUUUGGUCAUUAUUUUUGCUUUUUACGGUGCUCAGAUGCAUGGUAUAGAUUUAAUGACGAAGAUGUUUCACCAGCUUCUCUUCGAGAAGUUUUUGGAGCGAAUUUUGGUGGAUUUAAACUCAAUUAUUGGGGUUCAGAAGUUCCAAAUACGACUAACGCUUAUAUGUUAGUUUAUAUACGAACUUCUCAGAUAGGACAUUUAUUAAGAUCUAUUGGACCAGAAGAUGUCCCAUGGCAUGUUGUGCGACAACUAGAAUGGGAACAAAAAGAAUAUGAACGACUUUUGAAGGAAAGAGCUGAAGAUCAUCUAUACGGAAAAAUUUAUUUCAUACAACCAAAUGAUAUUGAAGAGGAGCAUGAGUUUCUUUCCUGUCGUCGACCGCAAGGUAAACAGUUCCCAACAAAUACUACUUUUAGAGUUCUAUUGAGUACAGAAGCUCUUCCUGCGUUUCAAUCGUUCGUCGAAAAACAAAUUGGCAUACCUAUUUCUGAGCAGUUACUUUGGUAUCCUUCAGAGAGGGGUGAAAACGGUCAUGUUUUUUUACAUAAACAAGUUAUUCAAGGCGUAACUGUAUCGGAUAUUUUGUGUGGCGAAAAGGAUUGCUGCGUUUUUGUUGUAACUCCCUCUACUGUCAAUUAUAUUGAAGCCGAUGGCAUUGAAGAGGGUGACUCCGUUAAAUAUGACUUGCUUCAUCAUAAACUAUACAUUCCUCUGCAUUUGAAAGUUGUCUUUUUGGGAUGUACAGUUCUGGCCUACAAGAAACGUGUGACGUCAGCGAAGGCCAUUCAGCUUAUGGAGCCAUUUAUUCGGAAACGUAUUACAGAGAUUCCCGCUGAUGUAAAUCUAAGACCCAACCACCAUUUAACUGGAGGAGGAUCAAAAUGCACGAUUGACCCUGAAACAUCAGCUGCUCCUUCGAAUGAGAGACCUUUGGGUGCAUGGACAGUUCCUCCUGAAAAAAUUGAAGCCGAAAAAAGGGAGGGGUUAUCUGUUUUGUGUGAGUACGAUCACAAUGCCUAUUCUAAAUGUUCACCGUAUCUUAAUUCCGGAGACAUUUUAGUUUGGCAAGAGGCGAUCUCUGAAGAAGAUAAAAGUGGUGUUUUCUAUCCUGACAUUGUGAGCUUCCAGCAAUUUCUUCGACGACUGGUUCCUGUGGAGAUCAAGUUAAAUCAUCCGCCCUCAUAUUCAACGCUGAUCAACACACAACUAGCAGAAAAUAUGACAUAUGAACAACUUCAGCGGUACGUGGCUCGUCUUAUUGGUGAUCCAGAAAACUAUGACCGUAUCCGUUUUACAAUGCACAGCCCUGAGACGAAGCUGCCAUAUUUUAUGAAGGGGAGGAAAAAAGAUCGCCCAACUCUUGGAAAGUUGCUAUCACCUCCGGUUCCACGUUAUGUCGCGCUUUCACGAUAUCUUUACUAUGAAUAUUGCAAGUAUACAGUGACGGAAAUUGAGGCAGCACAUUCUCUUCAAUUCAAAUUAUUUAACGAGCGCGUGAAACCUAUUAGUCAACAUUGGAUAUUAAUGCCGCGAGAAAUUCCAAUAACACCGGUGGAACUUUUCAGUACGUGUGUUAGAGAGAUUCAGGAGGUGAAAUCUAAUUCUGUUCAUUCAUUUCCAACAACUCCAGUUUUGCCGAAAACUGAGAAGGAAAAGGAGCUACAAGAGCGAGAUGUGCUUGAUUCUGAUAUGAUGUUUUACCAGGAUCUUGAUCCCGACGGCGCAUGGAAAGAACUUCGACUCGUAGAUGUAUGGCGUGGAAGAAUCUACAACGUAUUUGACAAGGAUCAUCCACGCACAUUUGAAAAUUCCACAUUUGAAGAGAGCGCAGAGUAUCGUAUUGAAAAAAUACCGAGGCCUAUCGAGGGCGUUCCUUUGCAAAAUCAAUCACUAAUUCAUGUACACCAUUUUACCAUGGUUCGGCAGCGGUCAAAUUCUGUUGAGACUCAUGGAGAUCCUUUUAGCAUUUACAUUGACCAUGCGGAAUUUGCACCUGGUCUUUUGCGACGUAUUGCAUAUAAACUAGGGCUUUCUGAGGCGGCCGUGGUGGAUUGGAAGUUGGCGUUGGUAAGGGAGAAUUAUGUUGUGGAGGUCCAACCUGGUGUGCCAUUAGGAAAACAGCUGUUUGAAUUUUCUCUUGAAUCUCAAUAUCAGCCCAACCAGCAAUAUCCUCUCAAGAUGGCAUUCUUAGGUCUUGAGCACGCCCCCUUGUUGAAGCGUCCAGUAAAGAGGGAUAGUAGGGUGGUCAUCCUCAAUUAG